AUGCAGGUCAUGCUAGGGUAUGGUUCCAUCCGCCAGCACUUCAAACAGUUCCAGUACACACUGGAGAGUGUCAAGACACCGCGUUUGGUUGCGGUAGACGCCGGCAAGGACCUCAAUACUUUGGUCAUGAGAAGAAUGUGUCGGAAGGGUCCUCCAUCACUAGCAAGCAGCCACCACCUUGAAUUGCGAGGCGAAUCCCGGGUGGUUGACGACAGCGAGAGUGAAACCGACGACGAUGACAGCAGCAGUGAGUUGGGGCUGGGUGGAGACGACCGAGCUACGCCGUAUCAACAGAGCAACAUCAUUAUGACCGGUAUGAAGGACUGGAGCAAUUUUGUAUUUGGAGACCCUCUGUUUGCCGUCGACUUUUGCCAUGGCCCCAGUAGCGAUUUUUUGUCAGGUUUCAACGAUGUUUCGCCAGACCAAGACACCACCGCCAUGUCUGCGUUCUCUUCGGAUAUGAUCGAAGACAAGGCCACCGCCCAUAUCCGCAUUCUUCUCCAGGGAGUUCUUCCGGCCGCGCAGGGACAGCAGUGGGCGUGA